UGGCGUGGUUGUGACGUCACAGCACGGACAGGUGGGAGCUCCGGUUGAACGAGUGUCUGUUGUUGUCACAGAUAUUUGUUUCCGAGUAUUUACGGAAUAUUACUGGAGUAUUCACCGAGUAUCGCUCCCUCGUGCGUGUAGUUUUCUGAACCCGAGAGCCGGAGAAACUCUUUAAAUUGUCUCUGGGACACAAACAUGGCGUCUCCUCCGUGAACUCAUCGUUUUGUCUCCGAGUUUAAACAUGAGCGAGUCCGAGUGAGAAACUCAACCCACAGCGGAGCCGAUAUGCCAGCUGACGACAAGGUUGCCAUCCUGACAGACGAUGAGGAGGAGCAGAAGAGGAAGUACGUGUUGGCGGACUCGUUCAACACCCAGCCGGAGGUGGACGUCUCCACGAUGCCUGUGGCCGUCACGGACGCACCGGCCGACCAGCCACCGCAGCCCGACUCCAUCAACUGCUGCGAGAGGAUGUGCCUCCGCAUCAACAGCCACCUGCUCAUCUCCAAGGUCUUCUACUUCUUCUUCUACGCCGCCUACGGCUCGCUGCACCCCCUGCUGCCCAUCUACUACAAGCAGCUCGGCAUGUCAGCCAGCCGCAGCGGGCUGCUCGUCGGCAUCCGCUACUUCAUCGAGUUCUGCAGCGCCCCCUUCUGGGGCGUGGUGGCUGACCGCUUCAAGAAGGGGAAGGUCCUCCUGCUGUUCUCGGUGCUCUGCUGGUUGAUAUUCAACUGCGUAAUCGGCUUCGUCAAACCAGCAGAGAUGACAUGCGUGGAAAAGGAUGUUGCUGUGUCGACGACGGUGACGCCCUGGAUGACGACGACGCUCCCUCAUGGUAACUUCACACAACCGAGCAACUCCACCAACCACACCAGGCGACGCCGGAGCUUCCUCGACCUGCCUGAGCUUCCUGAAGUCCUCCACUUCAGCGUGCUCCACAGGUACGAACGAAACGCUGACGCCAACGCGACCGUGCCACCCCCCUUUGAGCCGAAUAACACCACCCAGCUCGGACCAAACUCCACCCAACCCACCACCACCAUCAUGACCACCACCACCUCUGCUGCCCCGACUAAAGCCAAGGAGUACCAGAUCACCUACAACACGGACCAGGUGCAGACCAACUUCCUGCUCAUCCUGCUCGUCAUCAUCGUGGGCGAGUUCUUCAGCGCCCCCGCCGUCACCAUCGUGGACACCAUCACCCUGCAGUACCUCGGCAAAGCCCGCGACCGCUACGGCCUGCAGAGGAUGUGGGGCUCUCUGGGCUGGGGUCUGGCCAUGCUGCUGGUGGGCAUCUGGAUCGACCACACACACGUCAAGGGCAUGGCCGAAAUCAUUGGCUGCGUCAUGCCCGACUACCGACUGCACAACUACCAGAUCGCUUUCAUCGUCUUUGGCGUGCUUAUGAGUUUGGCGUUUAUUGUCGCCACUCAGUUUCACUUUGAAAAGGGCGACGAGUACCGACAGGAGCUUCCAGAGGGGGUGGGGGAGCAGACGCCAGAGUCCGGCUCCUCGGGCCAGAGCAGCCCCGACCCCGCUCAGGAGUUCCACUACAGCGACCUCUUGAAGCUCCUCUGCACCGUGCGAUACGGCUCCGUGCUGUUCGUCGCCUGGUUCAUGGGCUUCGGCUACGGCUUCGUCUUCAGCUUCCUCUACUGGCACCUGGAGGACCUGAAGGGGACGACCACGCUGUUCGGCGUCUGCUCCGUCCUGAGUCACAUCUCCGAGCUCGCCGCUUAUUUCACCAGCCACAAGUUCAUCGAGCUGGUCGGACACGUCAGAGUGCUCUACAUCGGCCUGGCCUGCAACACGGCUCGGUACCUCUACAUCUCCUAUCUGGAGAACGCCUGGAUCGUCCUGCCCAUGGAGGUCCUUCAAGGUGUGACCCACGCCUCUGUUUGGGCAGCUUGCAUCUCCUUCCUGAGCGCUGCCGUUCCGCCUGCACUCAGGACGUCUGCACAGGGAAUCCUGCAGGGCCUUCACCUCGGCCUGGGCCGGGGCUGUGGAGCCAUGGUGGGAGGAGUGUUCGUCAAUUAUUUCGGAGCUGCAGAGACGUUCAGAGGAAUCGGCAUGGCCUCCCUCGUCAUCCUCCUCAUCUUCUCCUUCAUCCAGUUUCUGAGCGGAGAUUCUGAGGGGAAAGAGGACAAAAUGUUAGCGGAGAACAUCCCGGUUCCCUCCAGCCCGGUCCCCAUCGCCACCAUCGACCUGGUCCAGAGCCAGAGCGAGGUCGGUAGCCCGGUCCACCUGGCCGCCGUCUUACCCGUGAAGAAGACCAAGCACCAGGAGGAUCAGGAGGACCUGACGCAGCCGGCCUGGGUGCUCUCUGGCGCCCCCUGGGUCACGAUCGCCUUCGCCAUCUUCCAGAUCAAAGAGAUGAUGAAGAUCUCGAAGAGCGGCGGACCACCACCAUCAGAGGUGGACCAGCUGCAGGUACUUAGUGAUGGGGCGUCGUCUGAGGCGGGGCCGUCGUCUGAGGAACAUUCAGGCGACGACGGCACAGAUCCGCCGCCGGGCACCCCCGAACCAAACACCGCCCACCCGGAUGAAGACCAAACGCACCCACCCUCAGACAGAGGAGGGCCUCAUGAGAACCCAGCGUUCACAGUGGAAACCACAGACUGACCUUAAGUGGGGAAACUAUUUAAUUUACUCACUGAGCUUUGAGCUCGGCGUGUUUUUAAAACUGCAAAAAUAUCCGUCAUAACAAGUCGCUUAACAAAUCUGCAGGUGUGGGGAAGUAAUUCCACUGUAGGUGCAACAUUAUAUUUAAAAUAAUUUGAUAGUGCAGUCAUUUCCACAUCAAGUUGGAAAUAUUUUAACCCUACAAUUAAUUUAUAAAACCGGUUUUAAGCCUGAGACUUGUUUUUAAUGGGUUGUUUUUGCAGAGGGGACUUUUAGUUUAAAUGUUUAAAUACAAUAAAAAGAGGUGCGCUUGGUGGCGUUUGCUCGUCCGAGGCAAGCAAAUCCAACGCACCUCUGAGCUCGGUGCACUAUAUUCUAAGUUAAACUGCCCUUUACCGCUGGAGUGUGGAGUUUAAACUAUGUGCCUCUUGAUAAGUUAUUUUGUGACUUUAUUCUCACGGGAAGUGAUGAAAUCUGACAGAUUUUAAAAGAAGUGAACGGCACUUACCUGUUGUUAUUUUCCAUGUUUUUACACAGAGGUUCCCAAAUCGACUGACUCUGACUUUUGCUUUCUCACGUACUUAAUUAAUAUAAAAAAACGAAAAACCUUAACAGUUUUUUAUUUUAAUGGAUUGAAUCUUUUUAACCAAACAAAUGUACUUUUCUCUGUUUUUCUUCUCCCUCGAUACAAGAGGGAAACAGAGAGAACUUAAACUAAUCAUUAUGUUUACACACUAAAUUAAAACCCAGACAGUUGUUCAGGAUUCAAACUGAAGUCCUGCAGGUGUUGACAAGUCCUCAGAAGAACUUGUUUUUAGCUGUAGGCCGUCGUGUUGGUGCUUAAAUCCUUUAGUGUGUGGUUGCAGCUUCCAGACGUUUCCCCUCCGCUGUCCAAACACAAACCACGACUGUGGUGACGGAGGAUCCGGCUGCUCGAGGCUGUUCUGUCCUCACGUCUCUACGACGGCUGCUUGUACGUCUGAGUCUCUUCUCUGUGUAUUAAACGUUCUGUGGUGCAGGGUUUGGGAACCUCUGUUAUAUUCAAGAACAACAUAUAACAAAACAAGUUUUCUACGAGGGACCAUAAAGAAGAAUCAUCUGUGUCAGAUAUCAUCACUUCUCUCAUGUUUAUGAAUUCUGAGCGUCGGGUGAAGUGCUGAGGUUCCGUUGCUGUAUAUUUGUAUUUUCCUGAGGAGCACACUGAUGAAGAAACGCCUCUUUUUAACACUGUUCGCUUAUUUAAUCAUCGUCGUUGUCUUAACUUAUUAUUACAAGAUGUCCGGCAGGAAUCCCUUUACUGUAAAACACACUGUCGGGGUUUUCUGAAGGUCGACUCCACUGCUUUUGUAUUGAAACUGCCAAUAACUGACACAUUGUGGACCUGCUGUGUUUGACUCUCAUGCCAAAUGAUUCCCAGUAUUCAGUGUUUUUUGAAGUCGGAAAGUUUAAUGAGUGAAGUAAUCCUGUUCACUGUGAUAUGGAUGAAUAAUUAAAGGACAUUUUGGGGAAAGAAAAAA